GCUGCUCUGUGCUGCUGGUCACUUCUCAUGCAGAGCGCGUCUGCGGAGAGUACCGCCGGGUUCUCUGCGUCCUUCACACUCUUCAUGCGUGAGGACAGUCUGCCAAAAAAACAGAGCCGAAAGUGUCGAAACAUUAUCUUUUGGUCUUUUGUUUCGUGGACAAUCAGGCGUAGUCCGGGGAGAAGGGGAUCGUAUAUCUUAUCGGAAACUCAGAGCAUCCGCCUGCUAUCUCGCUGUGAGGAGGCAUCAGGAAACUGAAGAGGGGAGGCAACGUGUUGUGAAUACAGAAGAGAGCAACUAUUGACACCUACAGCCCACCAGUCUGCUGUGCGUCUGGACAAAGCUAAAAGGACAUCGCUACGAAGAAAUCAGCUUUAUAUCGGUUUUUCACUUCAGCCUGUGAGUCUUCCACUAUCCGUAGAUGCUUAUUGACUAGCGAAGUACCUUCACCUUAUCUUUUUGCUCCACCCCGGAGGUGAAAACUGGCUGCCUGCCAUCGGUUCCCCUCGAAGCGCACAGAAAACCAAUAGAUCUGCCCCGAAAAAAAAGCGAACCAGGCGAGAUCCGUCUGUGUCUCUGACAUGCUGUAAGUUGUUUUAUCUGGACUGGACCUAUUAUGGCUUCGUUGUAUCAGAGAUUCACCGGGAAGAUCAAUACGACCAAUUCCUUCCCGCACCCACCUGAGGCCAGCCACCUUCUCGGUGGACAGGUUGCAGACGAGGAAAACGCCGCGAAGACCCCCCAGCCCCUCGCUGAUGGCAGACCUCACGGCCAGUACCGCAAGAAAUGCUUGCGAGAGGAUGAGGAUAGAGAGGCUGUGAUUUCUUCUGGCGCUGUCCAUGGUGCUGAAAUGGCAAAGAGCAUCAAAAGGCUGUUUUGGUCUUAGACUGAGGGAAAUUAUGGAUGUAGUCGUGUUUUUGACACCACUUAGUGGGCUUUUGAAUGACCAUUUUUAAGAUUUGAUUUGGGUCUUUAUGCUGGUUACAAUCUUGGCAGUUACUGGAGCCACAGAAUUUAAAUUUGGUCAAAGAGGAGGGAGCAACAGUGGAAGGUUGGGGCCUUGAUGAGUAGUGAGAUGUCUUUGAGUGCAGUAGCCCUUGGCCUACUA